CAUAUUUCGACAGGACUGUAGGCCUAGCUAGCUAGUGUAGAGUAGGCUAGGCCUGGUACUACUAAAAAAACAGUCUGUUCUGCACUGUCUAGGCCUAGUACUACUAGGCCUAGGGCCUACUACUACUCUGGUCGCACUCAUGUGUUGGUGUGUUGAUGCAGUGCUGGAGAGCCACCAAUACACGUGGGCCUGGAAUAGUUAGAUAUGCUGAAGUUUUGCCUACUUAACAAUUAAGGAUCGAUUACCAGUCAUUCUAACGAGAGUUGUAGAUACAGUCUAUAAACAUCGCAUUGUUGCAUCAGAACAACAUGGACAGGAAGGAGGUAACGACUGUGUAGACAUUGUGAGUCGUCUUUCAAAACUCAAGCAUGAAAUGCAAACAAACAAAUACAUAUUAGAGAUAGAGGAUGGCAACAAAGAUGUUAGCAUAUGGAAACAAGUCCUUAAGGAAGAGACGGAACGUAAUGAAGGAGAAGCACCAAAAUUCUUUAAAGCCGCUUGGCUCUAUACAGAGUGCUACAUGUACCGCAAAAUUAUGGAAUCCAUUGCUCUCAGCUGUCAUUUAAAGGAAUUUGAUCCAUUUGGAGAGCAGAAGAGAAAUGCCCUCUACGAUUGCCUCAAGCCAGCAAGCCUAUUGAUCCAGUACCUACACGAUAGUAUUGAAGCAAAGAAAAAUCCAAAUGAUAUGCUUUCUGAGUUUAUACAGAUGUCAUUAUGGGGCAACAAGUGCGACCUGUCAAUUUCUGCUGGCGUAGAAAACAGCCAGAAAGUGAGCCCUCUGUGUCAGCUUCAAGAACUCAAGUCAAAAAUUCUUAUCAACAAAACAGGUCUAGUCUGGGAUGAGUUAAAACAGGCAAAAUCUAUAGGAUCUGUUCGCAUAGAUUUCAUUCUAGAUAAUGCAGGUUACGAAUUUUUAUCUGAUUUAUGCUUGGCCGAGUGUCUUACGAGGCUGAAUUUAGUUGAUGAUAUUCAUUUCCACUGCAAAGCAAUGCCAUGGUUUGUGUCCGAUGUUACUCCUGUGGACUUUGCAUGGACGCUUGAUGUAUUAGGUGGGAAUGAAAACCAAGGUUUAAGCAACUUGAGUAAAUCGAUUAGACAGAAGUUAGAAGAUAAAUCAUGGAGUAUGGAGUCUCAUAAAUUUUGGACAACACCACAUAGUUUUGCGAGUAUGGAGACGGUCUCACCAGAAUUGUACCGCGAUCUUACGAAAUCAAAUUUACUCAUAUUUAAGGGUGAUUUAAACUAUCGCAAACUGGUGCUUGAUAGGGAUUGGGAGCAUACUGUGCCAUUUAAAGAAGCACUCCACGGCUUUCAUCCAACAGCACUAUGCGCCUUGCGGACAUCAAAGGCUGAUUUGAUAGUAGGGCUAAGUGAGGGACUUGCCCAGAAGCUUGAAGCACAGCACCCUGGCUGGAUGGUAUCAGGUGAAUACGCUGUCAUUGAAUUUUGUGAGAAAAUGUCAUAAAUUGUGUUGGUGAGAAUGGAUGUCACCUGUGGUACAUUUAGUAGUCUUGGGGCGGGGGGGGCGCAAGCUCACAAAGUAAGGUCGUAUGAGGUGAUGUUUACUCUGCACAACAUUUAGCUACACUACUGGGUAUCACAUACAUAAUGCUGAUGUUGGAACUAACAAGCUGGCAUCAUUACAUUUUUAUUUUUUAAUCAUUUUUAGGCAAGCAUGAUUAACCUGUGAUGGACUAGCGUCCCAUCCAUGGGGAGUAUGACACUCUCAUCCACUUCACACUUCAGAAACUGGGGUUAAGCUCCAGCCUUAUGUGCCCUAGUAUAGAAGUAGCGGUGGUGCCAGAUAUUUGCUGACAAGGGGUACGACAUGUCCUGACGGAGGGGUCCGAGCCAAGGUGCUGACGAAUAAAAAUUGCCUUGUAGGGUUGACGGAGCAUUCAUGGCUUAGUAUGGUCCAAAUUGUGCUUUUAGACCACACUGUUAUUGGGGAAGGAAAAUUAUUAUUUCUUUUAUUUUUUAUCCGACGACCUAGUCGUGCCAGCGGUGUAUCUGGGUUUACGUGGUGGGGGGGGGGUCGCACGCCCUCCAAAAAUUACUCGUGCCCCCAUAAAUCAUGGACAAGUAGUUAAAAAUAACCUAAAAUCACCUUAUUUUGUGCAUUAGUGCCCCUCAACUGAUCAUCUAGCCCCCCUCCACACUUCACCUUCGCACCCCCAUCAGCACCCCCAUUUCAAGAUGCGCCUCUGAGUUGUGCAUCAGACAACAGAGGUUUCCCGGCCUGUCCGACGGAUGAGCAAAUUCCCCCUGCUCCCGCUGUUGCCACCACUGUAUAGGGGCCCCCAAAAGGAUUUGGUUUUUCGUUAUUGUAUACUUACAAUUACAUACCAUGUCAUUGCAAGUAUAAUACUUAUAUUUUUCUAUUUAUCUUAGAUAUGUUCUAAAGUCUCAAAUUUUAAUAUGCUUUUCACACACUGUUAAAUCAUUUAAGGGUGCUGGUUUUUUUUUUUAUGGAAUUUUAAAGAUUUUUAAAUUUGGUAACUUAAAAGUUACCAAAUUACAAAUAAUAUCUGUGUUGAAUAUAGCAACAUUAUAGUUGGGGAGUUGCAGUACUAAUGUUAGAGUUGUGAGUAGGGCAAAGGAAAGUUUUGUUCUUCUGAGCAUGUGCAGAUUGUGCUUAUUUGGCUCAUUAGCAUAACAAUCCCACACAUAAGACUAAUUCCAGUAAGAGGGCUUAAACCAGCCAGCUUCCUAUUCUGGUAACAGUUAUAAGUCCCUGAGUGAACAUGACUUUGUUGUCACUAGAAUACAAAGGUACUGUAUGUUGAGUCAACAUUAUAAAUCACCUAGGAAGGGUCUAGAAUCGGAACAGACCCCUUCCCCCUCUGUAUUUUAAUUGUGCCAGUUGAUUUUAUUGUUAUGACUUCACCUCAAGAAGUGUACUGUGUAUACGAAAGCUUGUGAUAUACAAACGUUACUCCGAAUAAUAAAAGGGAGGCUAUGGUUCAAUGUUUCGACCUUUAUUAGGUCAUCCUCAGAAAAACAAGUCUCAAAAGUGCUACUUUUUUGCUUUCUCACUGUGAUUAUAAUUGACAAAAAAAAAUAAAAAUAUGUCUGAUUUAUUAUUCUACACUACACUAUAGUUCUUUUUUUCAUAUUCCCUAUGCAAGUGCUUUGUAAGUGUUAGGAAAAGACAUUAUGUAAAAAUGACCAUCAUUAUUAUUACGAUGUCCUACGUCAAUGCCGAUUUAUUUCACUCAAGUGCAUUUUAAUCUUGUCAUAUUGAAUUACAUAAAUUAGUUACAGCAUAAUUAAUUUUCAUCAGUACUACACUCAAGUUGAUCUGCUAAAGUAUCAUCAGUUGUUCUGACAUGCUGUUGAUUGGUAAUAAAAUUAUGAAUAUUCUAAUAUGGUAUUCUGAAGUGUUCAUAUUAUUUGUCUACCAAGUCAUUCUAGCAGGCAAAUUUUACACAGCUAUUCACAGAAUGGUAGAUUAAAGAAUGAAUGCAAGCUG